AUGGACAACGUACCUAACAAGCAUGCCUCUGUCCCGGAAAAGCACCCACAGGGCCCCUAUAAUGCCGCAAGAAAAACCGCACUCGAUCACCUUGAACACUCGACAGCCAACGAGCGCAUCAUUCUCACCGAAUCGAAUUGCUACGAGUCACUGGGCUUUUGUUUUCCCAGCUGGAAAAAAUGGAUGAUUCUUUCGGUCAUUUUCCUUGUCCAGACCUCGAUGAACUUCAACACGAGCUUGUAUUCAAACGGCGUUGGUGGAAUAUCUGAGGAAUUUGGCAUCAGUGAACAGGCCGCUCGCUGCGGUGCAAUGAUUUACCUGAUCACCUAUGCUUUCGGCUGUGAACUGUGGGCGCCUUGGAGUGAGGAACUGGGCCGGAAGCCCAUUCUGCAACUCAGCAUGUUCCUUACCAAUGUCUGGCAACUGCCUGUUGCCCUUGCACCAAAUUUUGCCACUAUCAUGGUUGGCCGAGCCUUUGGUGGUCUCAGUUUGGCUGGUGGUUCCGUUACAUUGGGUAUGGUGGCAGAUAUGUGGGAGGCAGAUACCCAACAAUAUGCUGUGGCUUGUGUGGUGUUCUCAUCGGUUGCGGGCUCAGUCAUUGGGCCUUUGGUAGGAGGCUUUGUUGAAGCCUUCCUGCCCUGGAGGUGGACCAUCUGGAUCCAACUUAUCUUUGGUGGAUUUGUCCAGAUUAUUCAUCUCCUGUUUGUCCCUGAAACCCGGACCUCUAUCAUGCUCGAUAGGCUCGCCAAGAAAAAGCGAAAGGAGAACAGUGUCCUCAAUGUCUAUGGCCCUAAUGAAAUUCAGUCCUGGACUGAACGGUUCUCGUUGCAUGAAAUCAUGAUCACCUGGAUUCGCCCUUUUAAAAUGCUGAUGACCGAGCCGAUCGUGUUGACCCUCUCCUUAUUGAGUGGUUUCAGCGAUGCGCUAAUCUUCAUGUUCAUCCAAUCCUUUGCCUUAGUCUAUGAGCAGUGGAAUUUCAGCACCGUCGCCGUGGGUCUCUCCUUCAUCCCCAUCCUGGUGGGAUACAUUAUCGCCUGGCUUUCCUUCUUCCCCAUCAUCCGGAAGAACAACCUGCAGAGGCAACAAAAUCCCAACGAUGAGCAUAUGCAAUAUGAGUCCCGGCUCUGGUGGCUGCUUUACACCGCGCCUUGCCUUCCUAUCGGGUUGAUCGGCUUUGCAUGGACUAGUUCCGGGCCUCCCCUUCACUGGAUGGGAACUAUGGUGUUUUCAGCCAUUGUUGGUAUUGCGAACUAUAGUAUCUACAUGACUACCAUUGACUACAUGGUUUGCGCAUAUGGGCCUUACUCUGCAUCGGCUACGGGUGGAAAUGGAUUCUCCCGUGACCUGCUUGCUGGUGUUCUCACCAUACCUGCCACACCGUUCUUUACCAACAUUGGCGGAAAACGUCAUCUCGAAUACGCAUCUACCAUUCUCUUCUGCAUUUCCGUCCCCCUCGUGGUUUCCGUGUACGUAAUUUACUGGUACGGACCAACACUUCGAAAGCGCUCGCCAUUCGCCCAGCAACUGUCCGAUGCACGCAUAGAAGGCAACGCUAGCCGUCGGGCUUCUUCUACGGCAUUUGCUGGAUCGAGGACGCAGUCAAGGAAGAAUAGUCUUGCUUAG